GGCGGACUCAAGCAGAGGAGAGGGGCAGCGAGGGUAUCGGCUUAAAAUGACCCCUUGAUCUCCGGCACCGUCCCCCUCCUCACCCGCAAGUACCCCACUAGCGGCCACUGAGGCCAAAACUUUAAGCGAAUUUCUUUUCUUGAUAUCUUUUGCUCCCUUCGCCUUCCUCCUCCAACCUCCCACAACCUCCUCUACAUGAACAACCCCCUCCUUUCCUAACAUCAACAACCAACUCUUCGCCUCUGACAUAUCUCCUCCGCUGUACACCUCGUACAGAACACUUCUUCAACUUCCACCCAGAAACACAUGUGCGUUCACUUCAGCUUCCCCUCCCCGCGCAGCUUUACCCUCCCUUCCUAUUCCUUGUUUUGCCCUCGCAACCCCACCUUGAGCGCGACUCUCCACAUCUCGCAGACUCUUCCUCCUCAAGUCGCAUCACAAAAUUCUCCUCCAUUCAACUGAAGCUGACCUAUUCCUCCUGCGCAACAGCAAACCACUCUCUCAACUGAACAUCAUGGAUUCCUACGGUGCUCCCCAAUCCCGAGGCUGCUACAACUGUGAGUUUACCAACAACUUCAUCUCCCUCCUAUACCGCUUUGCGCGCAGCCUCUACUUUCAUCCUCGAAGCGUUCUCUUGGCAUCAAGUAGACGGCGCCUGCGGUGGUUCUCCAUUCGCGCUGACAUGGCGUCCGCUUUGCCUUCGAACACGAUGAGUGGCGGUCUGCCAGUUGGGAGUGAAAAUUCUUUAACAAGGAUUUCGAUCUGAGACCAAUAAAUGCGCUAUCACCGACACCUGGUAGUCGAUGUCUACAAUUAUACAUACAUGUGCACAAAUGGAAGCUGACUCUCGGAUUUUAGGUGGCGAUGCUUCUCACCAGGUACGAGCGCUAACUGAACCUUUCGCAAAGGUUCCUGCGAUAUUAACCCGUAACUCUAGGCCCGUGACUGCCCAACCCGAGGCCCAGCCAAGUGGUAAGAACCCCCAAAUCUGGUUUCUUCGUUCCAAUACUGACUCGAACUAGUUACAACUGCGGCGGUAAGUCGAAACGCAACACUUUCAAUUCGAAUAUCAGACUGAUCUAGAUUCUUUUCUUGUUACAGGCGAGGGACACAUGAGUACGCUUCACCUUGGAUUCCAAUGCUAAGUCAUUUGCUGACAGAUCAAUAGGCCGUGAAUGUCCUGAGGGACCAAAGGACAAGACUUGCUACAAGGUACUACAAGCCUCCUCCUCACUAUAUGGACUAUAUUAACAUUAACAGUGUGGUCAACCUGGACACAUCUCCCGCGAGUGCACCAACCCAGCUUCUGAGGGCGCCGGACGUGGUGGCGGUGGUUACCAAUCUGGUGGUGGCAACCAAGAGUGCUACAAGGUAAUUGAAAAACAAACAGUCCUUCAUGUGGCCAUUCUAACGAUCCAUGAAGUGCUCCAAGAUUGGCCAUAUCGCCCGUAACUGCCCUGAGGCUGGCGGAUACGGUGGUGGAGGAUAUGGAGGCCAACAGGGUGGAUACGGUGGUGGAUCCGGCUUCGGUGGUCGUCAAGGUGGUCAAACCUGCUACUCUUGCGGUGGUUACGGCCACAUGUCCCGUGAUUGCACACAAGGACAAAAGUGCUACAACUGUGGCGAGGUUGGUCAUUUGAGCCGUAGGUUUUCCCGUCCUAAAUUCAUUUCCUAAUACUAAUACCAUUCUAGGCGAUUGCCCAUCUGAGACAUCCAGCGAGCGUACUUGCUAUAAGUGCAAGCAACCUGGUCACGUCCAGGCUCAAUGCCCUAACUAAAGAUUCAGCACGAAUAAUACACCGAAGUGCCGACCUUCUCAAACUAUCGAGAUUUGCUUUCUAAAUUUCCGAGAAGAUGCUUUGCGAACGAUGAACCAAGAUUACGAACCCCAGGCAUUCAGAAAGGGUGGUGGCUUGCAGACGUUGAUUUGAGGAUUUGCGACGAUACGAUGAUACGACACAAUACGGCCUUCUUUGUAUAAUUGUACUCGACUUUGGCACGAUUUCCUUUUCUUUUUUCACGAAAACAUUUUCUCUCCCGGUACCUGGGGAGACUGGCUUGCGUUGCUUUUUUCUUUGCUCUUCAUCUUCCUGCCAACUAGACUGGACCGCCGAUACCGUUUUUAUCUUCUCACAAGCUAGAACGAGGCUGGUGCCGGAAAACUUUGGCCUUUUGACUAUGUCUAACUCUCACGAAAAGUUUUUUGCGGCUGCAUGGGAAAUGACACUUGAUCUUACACUACAAAACUCAUAAAUGAAUGAACUCGAUGGGAGAGGAUAAUUGACUUGAUGCUGGUGGCGAUGUGAGCGAGCAUAGAGAUUCAGAUGGCUACAACAAACAGAUGACAUCGGUGUGGUUGAGAUCAGACAGUUAGAUUUAGUUCAAUGGACUGAAUGGAUUGCCUGAAUAUUGAAUGAUGUGGUGCUUUUGAAUGAUGAGAAAAGAAGAAACUAUAGUAGAGCAGUGGCCAGUAGGCUUGCGAUAACGGAUACGAUUUGUUGAUGAUAUCGCAGGUAGCACCUUCCCUUCCUUUCCAUUUGCGAGUGAGCCUGCCAACUUCGCCUAAGCUAACCCUCAAUACAGAUUGACGGAAGGUUGAUCCGGGCAUGUAAAAUUCCACCAGUCCUUACAAACCUUUCACACCGAGAUUCAAAUUCUCUCAGCCAUUCACUGGGAAGCAUGAGUUGUCCUGCAGAGACGUCUUUGCUGCACCUACAAUUGGUCGGCGAGCUGAGCCACAAUGCGACGCAGGCAGCGAUGCAGUCAGCAACAUCGCGUCGCAUUCACUAAGCCUCAAUCGGU